UUGUUGUGGGAGGGGGAAAGUUCAAUUGCCACUACUCAAGGACCCACAUGUGCUUCUUCAGCAUCUUUUAUUUGACAAUGAUGUUGAUAGCAAAAACUAUCAACAACAUAUUAGAGCGUAUAAUAUGAUGUUUGCAUUCACAUCGCCUGGUGCUAAAAUUGACAAGUCAGUUAACGAUGAUCGAGGCCCGCCUACGUUCAAAAUACAGGGCCAAACAUGCCAUCGAGUGGGAAGCAUGUUACCUAUGCCAGGUCAACCUCCAAAGUUUGCCCAAUUAUACAUAUAUGAUACUGAGCAUGAGAUACAAAAUAGGAUUCGAGGAAUAAGAAACCCAAAUGACAUAGAUGAUCAGAUUGUGGGCAAAUUAUCAGCCAUGCUACAUGAAUACAAUGUGCAUGCAAAAUCCUUUAGAAUGGCUAAGGAAAGAUUGCAAGAUGCACCUGUGCAGGAUCUGCGGUUAAAGUUGAUUUCUGACAGAGUUAGUGAUGGCCGAUUAUAUAACUUGCCUACGGUUUCAGAAGUUGCUGCUCUUAUUGUUGGAGAUGUUAACACUUCAUCAAAAAGAGAUAUUAUAAUGGAGACCCGAAGUCGUACACUUCAACGAAUAAGUGAGCUGCAUACUAGCUAUUUGAGUUAUCAGUAUCCCCUUUUAUUUCCUUAUGGAGAGGAUGGAUACAGGCAUGACGUGCUUCAUAGAGAUACAGGUAAUUCUAAUAGUUCUAAAAGAAACCAUCUUACCAUAAGAGAGUGGCUUUGUUUUAGGCUACAAACAAGGAAAAAUGAGGCGCUAACAUUGUUGAGAUCAAGAAGAUUAUUUCAGCAGUUCGUAGUUGAUGGCUAUACUAUGCUUGAGUCAGAGAGGUUAUCUUUUAUCAGGAGAAACCAAAAAAAGCUAAGAGUUGAUAAAUACAGUAACCUCAGUCAAACAAAUCACAACUUACAAUGUCCAGGAUCUGAAAAGGGGAAAAGAAUUGUACUACCAUCGACAUUUGUAGGAAGUCGUCGCUACAUGGAUCAACUCUACUUUGAUGGUAUGGCAAUUUGCGCUUUUGUUGGCUUUCCUGAUUUCUUUAUCACGUUCACUUGCAAUCCCAACUGGCCUGAGAUUCAGAGAGUACUUGCACCAUUAAACUUGAAGCCGCAUGACCGUCCUGAUAUUGUUGCAAGGGUCUUCAGGAUAAAGUUUGAAGAGUUAUUAACAGAUUAAAGGAAAAGGCAUAUCUUCGGAAAAGUUCUUGCAUAUAUGCACACAAUUGAGUUCCAAAAAAGAGGAUUGCCCCAUGGGCACAUACUCAUUUUUUUGCAUCCUUCGAACAAGUACCCAACUGCCAAUGAUAUUGAUAAGAUUAUUUCAGCAGAGAUACCUGAUGAAGAGACCGAGAAAGAAUUGUACAACCUGGUCAAAUCUCACAUGAUUCAUGGUCCAUGCGGUUUAGCGAACCCUUCAUCACCGUGCAUGCAGGAUGGGAAGUGCAACAAGUAUUAUCCUAAGCAAUUCCAGGGAAGUUGGGUUUAGAUUGGUUUGCUCAGUUUAAGUGUGAUUUGAUUUUGUUUAUUUAGGUUUCUUCUGAUUUAAUAUGGACAAAUGAAGUAUAUGGUGUUACAUGAUUUUAUUUGCUAUCGAAGUCUUGGCAGGAGUGGCUUGCUUUAUUUGGUUUAUUAUGAUAUGUUUAAGUCUAAUCUGAUCAGGUCUAAAUCACUUAAGUCUGAUAUAGAAAUACAUAUAAUACAAACACCCUAAUUGUAAUAAUUAAACUAAAUCUAUAAAUAUACAUAGCCACUAUUUUACUAGAGUUACUAACAAUAAAUUUUAAUAUUUUUUAUGUACUCAAUUAUUUAGAAUAUUAUCAUUUAGAUCGUAAGAAACAUGUUAAUUAAAUUCUAUCGUCCUAAAUCCUAAUAGUCUCAUACAUUUGCUAAUGAAUGAUAAAAAAAUUAAACUAAAAUAUUACGAAGAAAUAGUCAUAUAGGGGCUAUAAUAUUCAUUUUAAGUACGGAGGUCUAGCCUCAUCGAAAGUAAAUCAAGACUUAUACAUGGUCACACUUUAGAGUAAUACUACAAAUUAACACCGAUUUUGAAUUUUAACAACAAGUGCAAUUUAUACAAAAUAAAGAAACAACACCACCUUUUUUCAUUAUUAUCUAUUAAACUUACUCCACCAAGGUCGUACAUGACAUUAGCAGUGCAAAGAGAUAUUAAGUUAAGAUAAUUGUCAUCACUUUUAAUUAGAAAUAUAUAAUAUUUACAAUUUUUUCAGGCAUCAACGACGCUUGAUGAAGAUGGUUAUCCUAUUUAUAGGAGAAGAGCCGAUGGAAAGAAAAUCGAAAAAAAUGAUUGUAUCUUAGACAAUCGUCAUGUUGUGCCUUAUAAUCCAAAAUUGUUGUUAAAGUACCAAGCGCAUAUCAACAUGGAAUGGUGUAAUCAAAGCACUUCAAUAAAAUACUUAUUCAAGUAUAUCAACAAAGGAUAUGACCGGAUAACAGCAGUUAUUGUUCCAGCACACAAUGAUGUGUCACCCCAAAAUGAGAAUAUUGAUGAGAUCAAGCAAUAUCUUGAUUGCAGGUAUGUCUCACCAUGUGAGGCCUGUUGGAGGAUUUUUUCUUUUCCGAUUCAUGGUAGAUCUCCAGCCGUUGAAAGACUUUUCUUUCACCUUCCCAAUGAGCAAUCUGUGUUCUUUAGUGACAAUGAUGACCUUGAGUCUGUGCUCACAAGAAAAAUUGUUAAAGAAUCAAUGUUUACAUCUUGGAUGCAAGCAAACAAAAUCUAUCCGGAAGGAAAAGAUUUGACAUAUGCAAAGUUCGUUUCUCGAUUUGUGUAUGUAGCUAGCAAGAGGUGUUGGAAGCCAAGAACAAAGGGUUACACUAUUGGUAGACUCAUCUGGGUACCUCCAACAACAGGUGAACUAUUCUAUUUAAGAAUGAUGCUCACUGUAACAAAAGGGCCACGUUGUUAUGAGGAUAUUAGGACCGUUGCCAACAUUCAAUAUCCGAGCUUUAGAGAAGCGUGUUUUGCGGCGGGAUUGCUUGGUGAUGAUAAAGAAUACAUUGGAGCAUUAAAAGAAGUUAAAGACUGGGCAUCAGGACACUACUUGAGAAAAUUAUUUGUAACUCUGCUAUUAUCAUGCCCUGUGAGCAGACCCGAGCAUGUAUGGGAACAAACUUGGCAGUGGUUGGCAGAUGGAAUUUUGUAUCAACAGCGAAGGCUCUCAAUCAUCCCAGAUUUACAGCUUAGUGAUCAAGAGUUGCAAAAUUUAACUCUUGUGGAGCUUGAGAAAUUGAUGCAAAAAAAGAGAAAAAGUCUAAAAGACUUUCCCUCAAUACCAUAUCCAAAUGGAUAUAUCACGGAACAACUAGGAAAUAGGCUUAUAUAUGCAGAACGUGAGUAUGAUACAUCCAAGUUGCGUGAGGAGUUUCAAAGUUUGUAUGCUUCUCUUACCGAUGAACAAAAAGCCAUAUUUGACACAAUAAUGGAAGCUGUGACUAACCAAAAAGGCGGGGUAUACUUUUUAUAUGGUUAUUAUGGUGGUACAGGAAAAACAUUUAUGUGGAGGACACUAGCUUCUGCCUUACGUUCUCAACGUCAUAUCGUUUUAACUGUCGCAUCCACUGGUAUAGCUUCUCUACUCUUACCUGGAGGCAGAACUGCACACUCUAAGUUUUCAAUCCCAGUUCCUACUUUGGAGAACUCUACAUGCAAUAUACAUCAAGGGAGUGAACUUGCAGAGCUAUUGAAACAAACUAAAUUGAUAAUAUGGGAUGAAGCAACAAUGGCUCAUAAAUUUUGUUUUGAAGCAUUAGACAGAAGCCUAAGUGACAUCAUUAAUAAUGAUGGUGAUUCUAAUUCACCAUUUGGAGGAAGAGUGAUUGUCUUUGGAGGAGACUUUAGACAAACUUUACCCGUUAUUCCUGGAGGCAGCCGUUCAGACAUCGUUAAUGCUACAAUAAAUUCUUCAUAUCUAUGGGAAGACUGUCAGGUAUUGUCUCUUACUAAAAAUAUGCGACUCCAAAAUAGUUUGGAUAUGACAAGUGCUACUGAGCUCAAAGAAUUUUCAAAAUGGAUAUUGGAUGUGGGGGAUGGAAAAAUAUUAGAGCCAAAUGAUGGUUAUGCAGAAAUAAAAAUUCCAGAUGAAUUCUUGAUUAAAGAAUUUGAUGAUCCAAUAGAUGCAAUAAUCCGAAGCACAUAUCCUAACUUGAUGGAGCAAUACAAAAAUGAGGAAUUCCUCAAGGGUAGAGCUAUCUUAGCAUCGACUAUUGAAAUUGUCGAUAAAAUUAACGACUAUGUUCUUUCCUUGCUCCCAGACAGAGAAUAUUUAAGUUGCGAUUCUGUAGACAAAUCAGAUGUAGUCGAAGCAGAAGCAUUUGAAGCGUUGACACCAGAGUUUCUAAAUUCCUUGAGAACAUCAGGUCUCCCAAAUCAUAGGAUACGACUUAAGGUUGGGACUCCAGUAAUGUUGUUAAGAAAUAUAGACCAGUCAGAAGGACUAUGUAAUGGAACUAGAUUGAUUGUCACCAGACUGAGAAAUCAUGUCAUUGGAGCAAGAAUCAUGUCUGAAAGCUAUGGUGGAGAUGAGAUUUACAUACCUCGAAUGUGUAUGUAUCCUUCUCAAUCACCAUGGCCUUUUAAACUUAUCAGAAGACAAUUUCCUAUAAUGGUCUCAUAUGCAAUGACAAUCAAUAAAUCUCAAGGACAGUCACUGGAAAGAGUUGG